ACGAUGGUCAAUCCAACAUAUGUCAAAAAAAAUUUAUCCAUCAUAACACAGUAGAAAAAAAAAAAAUUGAUUAUUUAUUUGAUAAUUAUUUUUAUUAACACAACAUUAAAUCAAUAGUAAUAAAAAAUUAUCGAAAAAAAUCAAUUAAACAUGUCUUGAAAUUCAUCAAUAAAAACAAAAUAAAAUUAUCAAUAUUUAUUAUUGACUUGGGUGGAGUUUUAUGUGUAUACACCUAGAAAUGAUUAUUAUUAAUAAUAUAUAUUAAAUAAUAAUAAUAAAUAUAUAAAAAUUAAAUUAAAAUUAAGUGAAAUGAAGUGUUAGUUAUGCGUUUAAAGGGUAAAAAUAAUACAAAAUCAUUUCACAGUGUCUACAAAGUUCUUUCACGUAUAUGUCGUGCAGUAGACAAAGGUCAAUUAGAUGGUUUCAUGGCUGAUGGUUCAAUACAACCACUAAAAAGUGGUAAUAAUAACAACAAAAUGGGUUUUGCAUCAUCACCAAUAAAUGAUAAUAAUAAAACAAUAACAACAAAUGAAACAACAACAACAACAACAAGUACAGUAUAUGCUGUUGGACAAUAUGCACCAAAAUUAUUAAAAAAUUUAAAUAAACAAAGAUUAAAUAAACAAUUUAGUGAUGUUGGAUUAAUUGCUGAUAAUUGUAUAAUACGUGCACAUAGAUCAGUACUUGCUGCUGGUUGUGCAUAUUUUAAUGCAAUGUUUACUGGUGGUCUUGUUGAAGAACAACAAGAAUUAGUUGAAAUACAUUCAAUAUCAUAUUAUAUAUUAAAUAUUAUUAUUGAUUUUAUUUAUACUGGUAAUGUUGAUAUAACACAAGAUAAUGUACAAGAAUUAUUUGCUGCUGCUGAUAUGCUUGAAAUUGAUGAUAUUGUUACUGGUUGUAUUGAUUAUUUAAAACAACAAUUACAUUAUUCAAAUGCACUUGGAAUUUAUAGAUUUGCUGAAGCUCAUAAUCGUAUUGAUUUAAUGGAAACUGCCCUACGUUUUAUACAAGUUAAUUUUCCUCAAAUAUCACAAGAAGAAGAAUUUCUUGAUUUACCAAAAGAUUAUCUUAUACAUUUUCUUGGUAGUGAAUAUAUUCAUAUUGAUACUGAAUUUCAGGUAUUUCAAGCAGCAUACAAUUGGAUAACACAUGAUAUACCAUCACGUCGUUGUUAUGUAUUUGAAAUUUUAAGUCAUAUACGUUUACGUUUAUGUUCAUUAACACGUCUUGAUCAAAUAAUUCAAACAUGUAAAGAUUCAUCAUUAAUAAUUGCAUUACGUUCAAUACAAAAAGAUUUAACAACAAAUAAAGGUUGUUUAGUAUCAUUACGUGUACAACCACGUUUAUGUGCUAAAAAAAAUAUAUUAGUUAUUGGUGGUUCAAAACGUGAACAUACUGUUGAUGGUUGGGCACGUGAUGCUGAAUUAACAUAUGAAACAAUUGAAAAAUAUGAUACAUUUACUGGUAAAUGGAGUGAAGUUGCACCAAUUGGUAUUGGUAGAAUAUUACCAGGUGUUGCAUUACUUGAUGGUAAAGUAUAUGUUGUUGGUGGUGAAUUAGAAUCAUGUAUUAUUGCAAAUGGUGAAUGUUAUGAUCCACGUGAUAAUAUAUGGAAUUCAAUAUCAUGUAUGAUUGAGCCACGUUGUGAAUUUGGUUUAUGUUCAUUGGAUAAUUAUUUAUAUGCAUUUGGUGGUUGGAUUGGUGAAGAUAUUGGUGGUUCAAUUGAAAUAUAUAAUCCAAAAAUUAAUAAAUGGACAAUACAUGGUGAUUUACCUGAACCAAGAUUUUCAAUGGGUGUUGUUGCAUAUGAUGGUUUAAUAUAUGUUGUUGGUGGUUGUACACAUGAUAGUAGACAUCGUCAAGAUGUUAUGAGUUAUAAUCCAAUAACUGGUGAAUGGUUAAAUUUAUCACCAAUGUUAACACCAAGAUCACAAAUGGGUAUAACAAUACUUGAUGGUUUUAUUUAUGUUGUUGGUGGUAUGAAUAAAAAUCAAGAAGUUUUAACAUCAGUUGAAAGAUAUUCAUUUGAUAAAAAUAAAUGGACAGCUGUUGCACCAAUGUGCAUGGGAAGAAGUUAUCCAGCAGUUGCUGCUGCUGAUGGUAGACUAUAUGUCAUUGGUGGUGAUCAAAGUAGAGAAAUUAAUUUUUAUAGAACACAAAUUACAAUAUCAACUGUUGAAUCAUAUGAUCCAUCAUCAAAUAAAUGGACUGAAUGUGCAUCAUUACCAACAUCAAGAGGUGAAGCUGCUGCAAUUAUUGCACCAUUUUGAUUGUAAUGAAUUUUUGUUUUAAAUAUUGUUAAUUAUUAUGUUAAAUAUAUUUAUCAAUAAUUUUAAUUAUUAAAUCAUAUCAUUUUAAUUUUAUUAAGCUCAAAUUUUUUAUUAAAUGUUGUGAAAUUUUUUUGAGAGAUAGAAAAACAGCAAUAUUAAUUUUUACUUUUUUUUUUUUUUUGAUAUUUAAAGCUAAAAUUUAAUAAAGGAAUUGUUUAAAUAAAUUAAUUCUGAAAAUAACCAAAGACGCAACGAUAAUUUAAAUAAAAAAAAAAAAACAAUUUUUGAUACAAUUAAGAUUACAGCGAAAAUAAAAAUUAGCUGAAAAUAAUAAAACUACGUAAUUUUUAUGAUAAAAUUAUUUACAAUUAAUAUAAUAAUUUCAUUAAAAUCAUAAAUUAAUAUAUUGAUGAAGUAAUAAUAUUAAAGAGGAAAUAAGAAUGCUUAAUUAAUAAAAAUUGAAAAUAAAAAAUAUAUACCACUUCAUUACAAAAUGAUUAUUAAUUUUAUGUCAAAAAAUAUUAUAUAGAGGAAAUAUGGACGUUUUACACUAUAGAUGAAUUAAUAUAUAUAUAUUUAAAUAAAACAAAAAAAAUUAAAAAAAAAAAAAACAGCAACAACAACAACUCUCAAUUAAGAAAUAUUAAUUUUUUGUUUUUUUAAUUUUAAAUAGUUAAACUACCAGGAAUUAUUAUGUUUGUAUGUUUUUGUUAAUAAAAUUAUAUAAUAAAUAAACAAAUAUAUUUAAAAAAUAGUUAUCUUUUAUUUUUUCUAUAAUUAUUAUAUAUGAUUACGAGUUAAAAAGAAUCGAAAACGGAAAUUCCUUCAACAUUAGAACCUUGAUGAAUUUUUAUUCAACUAUUUUAUAUUAAUUAAUAAAAAAUAUUAUCUGAUUUAAAAAUUAAACAACACGUGUUUUCUUGUAUUUAAGAUAAAAAAAAUAUAAAUUUAUAUUUCUUAUUUAAAUGGCAUUAUUAAAAAAGUAUAUUGUCUAUAAAUAAAUAUGAAACAUUUAAUUUCAAUGAAAUUUAUAAAAAAAAAAAAAAGUGUCAUUUACCUUGACGCCACACGUUGUUAAUGAUAAUAAUAAUUAUCAAAUAAAAGACAUUAUAUUUUCCGUAUUUUUGAUUAAAAAUGUGUAUGACGUUAUUCAACCAAAGAAACAAUUAAUAUUAAAAAUAAAAAUAAUAUUUAUUUAUUUUUUAAAUAACAUACUAUCUCGACAAAGAUAAAAAUAUAUAAAAUAAAUAUUUAAACAAAUAUAUAUAUUUUACGUCUAUGAUAUAACUUGGAAAAAAACUUAAUUUUAAAAAAAAAUGGAAAAAAAACAGUAGUUAAAAAAAAAAAAGGAUAAGAGUUAAAAAAUAAUCUAAUUUUGGACGUGUAAAUUAAGCGUGAAUUACUUGAUUACCAUGAAAGUGAAGGGGCGAUAAAAAAAUAUCAAAAAAUAUUACGUAUACGUGUUAAAAAUCACGUACAUAGCAAAAAACGAAUAAAUAAAUAGAUAAUAUACAAAUAUUUCGAUAAUUAAAAUAUAUAUCAUAAAUAUUUGAUUAAACAAAAUCAACUGAAACUAAAAUCAUAGCCAAACAUCAAGCUACAAAAUUCAAAUUUUCUUUGACAUAAAAAUUAAAUUAGUCAUUCGAAAUUUACUUUAACUCAAUAAUAUCUUCAUCUUUGUUCAUUCAAAAACCUCAAAAGCAGAGUAAUUUAAAGCCAUAAAUUUCAAAUGUUAACACAACAAACUUCCACACAACAACAAACAACAAUUCAAUUGACAAAAUAUGAUUUUUUUUCCACCCAAAUAGCAUAAUUUUUCCAUUAAAAAAAUAAUAAUUCAUGUAUCUUAUAAAAAAAUUCAAAAACCAUAUAUAUAACAGUUGUUUUAACUUUUUUUAAAAUAAAUAUUAUUUAAAAAACAACCAAAAAUUGAUUUUUUUAAGAGAAAAACGAAAAAUAAAAAAAUGUCAAGAUACAUGACCUAGAUUUUUUUUUCUUAUUAUUUUUUUGAAUGCGAUUUUAGUUUGUUGUUAUCAGUUGUAAAAAAUCAAAAUAUUUAUUCAAUUAAUCAUUGAAUAUUAACUAAAAUUUAUUAUUAUUAUUUAUUUAUUUAUUUAUUAAAUUUUGAAUCAAUUUAAAUGUGAUAAUUUUAAAUAAACGAUGGCGCCAAUAUGUGUUUAUUUCAUUUAAUGUCUCGAUGAAAAAAAAAAAAAGAAAAAAAAA